AUGUCGCAGUAUAUCCCAAGCAUUCCCCCCAAUUGCCUUGCCAAAAAGGUCAUUCUCAUCACAGGUGGUGCCAAUGGCAUUGGUUCGAGUCUAGUGACGCAAUGCUUGGAGAGUGGUGCCAAUGUAUGCAUUGGUGACCUCGAUAACAUCUCGGGCGAGCGUCUACUGAAGAAAUGCUGUGACCAAUUCCACCCGGAGGAAGAAGACAUGCCCCCGCGCGCGAUUUUCCAGACCACCGAUGUCACCAACUACCCGUCGGUGUUGGCAUUGUUUGAUCUAGCCUUUAAGACCUACAAGCGCAUCGAUCAUGUCAUCUCGGCGGCUGGUAUCGUGGAAAUAGGGAAUUGGUUCGAUACCGCACUUACGCUGGAGACCGUCCGCCAGACCCCCACCCACAAAGUCAUGGAUGUCAAUCUCCUCGGGUCCAUGUAUGUUACCCGCAUCGCCUCUGUCUACUUGCGCCAUAACCGUGGAUCCAACUGCGACCGGUCGAUUCUCCUAUUUUCGUGUGUCUCUGGUUUCAAGGACAGCCCGUCUCUUUUCAUAUACCAAGCCUCCAAGCACGGUGUCACUGGCCUCAUGCGUUCCCUACGCACCUAUAUCUCCUCACCGUACAAGCACUAUCUUCGUAUCAAUACUGUGUGCCCCUGGGUGACCCAGACUGAUAGCAUCAAGAAGAUUGAGGCACAGUGGAAGCGGGCCGAACUUCCCAUCAAUACUCCUGAGCAGGUUGCUACUGUGGCCACCGGAGUCCUGGCUGAUCAGUCUCUUAACGGCACAUCUAUGUUCAUUGAAGGUGGUCGUGCUUGGGAAAUUGAACAGAACAUCGACCGACUAGAGUCCGAAUGGCUGGGCGAAGCGCCAUCCAAGGUGCUUGCUUUGGGCCAGGGGCUGCUUGAUGAUGGUUCUAUCUGGACCGCGCCGGAGCGACCCCGGAAAAAGAGCACCAUUUCUGUUGGAGUGCCACCAGGAGUACCUCUUGGUAAAAUCAAUGGACUUACUAAUGGCGUGAAACAUUUUAUCUCGGAUGGAGAAAGCAAUGGAAUCUCAAAUGGCUUGGCCAACGGGGUAACUAAUGGAUUAUCGAAUGGUGUGCACUAA